AUGUACUUCUUCUUCGUUCUCAACAUUCUAUUCAUCGUCGUCGUUGGUAUCGGGUGCAAGAAAAAAAACAAUGCAAGUAAACUUCAACCUCGUGAUAUGUCCAAAGAGAAAAAAUCAAAAGAAAAAGUGACACCAAACGGUGCGGGAUCAAAACCAGCGACUCCGACUUCUCCGAAUCCGGAAGACGAGAAGGUGACAACUCCGGAUCCAGAGAAAGAUAAAUCAAUGAUCCCAAGAGACGCAGAUGACAAUGAGACAAUCAACGAAGCAAAAUCCUGUUGGAGCACUCUUAAGUAA